CGGUCACACAGCUCUUGAAAAUCUUUGUCCAAACGUGAGGGCAUUUAAGCCAAAAUAGGCUCUCUCUACACGCUCUAUAUACAUAGUCUCCCAUGAUGCACCCAAGCCCCAAAGCCCUCAACUUCUACUCCACACUUGCCACCCAUGGAUAACAGCAACCCUACAAGCAGCAGCAGCAGCAGCAGAAAAUCUCCCCUUAAGCCAUGGAAGAAGGGUCCGGCGAGAGGCAAGGGUGGCCCACAGAACUCGACAUGUGAGUUUCGUGGAGUGCGCCAAAGGACAUGGGGCAAGUGGGUGGCAGAGAUCAGAGAACCCAAGAAGCGGACCAGACUUUGGCUUGGCUCUUUCACCACUGCCGAAGAGGCUGCCAUGGCUUAUGACGAGGCUGCCCGGAGAUUGUAUGGGCCAGAGGCAUACCUCAACCUGCCUCAUCUGAGGGCUAAUUUCAAUCCUCUGAACAAGUCCCAGAAGUUCAAAUGGUUCCCUUCACAUAACCUCACCUCCACGUUCCCUGCCACCGGUCUGCUGAAUCUGAAUGCCCAGCCUAGCGUUCAUAUGAUUCAUCAAAGACUGCAAGAACUCAAGAAAACAGGGGUUCUUGGCCAAGAGUCAGGGUCUAGUUCAUCGUCCAAUGAUCCCGAAACCAAGAUGCAUGGUGUGAGCCAGCAGCCACAGGUAGAAGUAGUAUCUGUUGACGAGGACAAAGUUAAUGAAUCUUCAUCAUUAGAAGCUAAAGUAAUUACCUCGGAAGAGAAGCCCCAGAUUGAUCUGCACGAGUUCCUGGAGCAGCUGGGGGUACUGAAAAGAGAGGAACAAGAUCAGCCUUGUAUUAGUGAUGUCUCUAGAAAUGCUGCAGAGAUAGAUUCAACUUCAUGCAAAGACGGCGAAGACAUAUUCGGCAGCAUUGCUGAAAGAAGCUUUAACUGGGAUACGUUGAGUGAAAUAGCUGGAGCUAAUAUGCAUAUAGGACCAGAAGACAAUAGUUUCCAUGCACAUGAUAGUAAUGAAGAUCUUCUCUUUCCGCCAUCCAUUUGGAACUUCUAGACUCUUGAGUUAAUAACAUACUUUCCUAUAUAUAUACACCCUUGUAUAA